AUGAACUAUGGAAGGAUGGUGGCAUUUUCCCAAGCUACAGAGGCUCGAAAUUUAAAGCUCAGGAUGGAAGAGGAAAGUAGUAGUAGGGCCCGAUCAACGGGCAACUUUGGGGAUUCGUUCGGAGGGCACGGUCAGCAGCAGGGGAGUUGCUUUAGGCCCGGUCAGGGCAGCAGGGGGUCCCACCAUCAGGGACGACCAGGAGGGAGAUUCCAGCAGCAACAAAGCGUCCCAUGCCCUAAGUGUGGGAGGAUACAUUCAGGAGUCUGCUACCUGGACAUGCCAGUAUGUUACGGAUGUGGAAUGAGAGGUCAUAUUUGGAGGGAGUGUUGUGCAUCCCGUCAAGGUGUAGGCAGGGGCACAACUCAGUCAUCCAGUCCUACAGCUGCUACAUCUUCAGCACCCCCUCCAGCUCUAGGUUCUCCAGCACCCACAGGGUGUGGUGCAUAG